ACCUACAGCCUGUACAAGUAGGUUGUUCGUUGCUGGUCGAGUCAUGUGGCUCAAUAGCUGGUACCGAAAUAAUGUAAUCUGGAUUCUGGACUAAAAAUCUAAAAUGGAGGGAAGUCUCCUCAAGUAAAAACCCUUCCUUCUUUCCGUCCUCGAUCAGAAGUGAAAUUCCUAACCCUAGUCUGAAGAAAGGUAUAAGGUUUACGAAUUUCUGUAUAUCAGUUCCUAGCCUGAAGUUAUUGAGAAUUAUUGCUAGAGAUGGUUUACGAGACUGUGUUAUCAAAAUGCAUGCGCCAAGUCUUGUAACUUUCUAUCACUCGGGUGAUGUUGCAAAAGAAUAUAUUUUAUCUAGCUUUCUUACACUAUUGGAAGUGUCUCUUUACUUUGAAUGUGAAGAUGGAGACGAAAAUUAUGCCACAAGGAUGCAAAGGGUGGGUCAUGAGGAAGCAAUAAGUCAGUUUCUUGGAGCCCUCGCACAUGUCAAACGUCUAAGUGUUAAUGAUACAGCGGUACAGGCUAUCUGCUUUGCCAAUAAGCUGUUAAACCAUCUGCCAACAUUUCAUAAUAUGAAACACUUGGAAAUACUUGAUGUACCAAUCAGUGAUAAACCAGUUAUUCAUCUGCUUAGAGUAACACCUAAUCUGGAGUCACUCGUAUUUAGACUGCUAAUGGAUGACUAUGGCGAGGUCCCACCGACACUGAGGGCAAUACAGAUGAUGAAGGCGAAGAGGACUAUGAGGAGGAGGAUGCAACUCCAAUGAGGACGAAGAGAACCGCAACAGUGAAGAUGAAAGGUGAUGUUGCCAAUGCUGCCGAGGAAGAUGGCAAUUAUGAGAGUGAAUACAGCCACAAAAAUGUAGAUGAUGGUUGGACGCCCAGUAUGGUCGAUACUGGAGACUUAUUUACAAACCUUAAAUCCGUUUGCUUUAAGCAAUUUUCUGGAAACCUAAGGGAGAUGUGGUGGGUAAAAAAUUUUUUGAGGAGCGCAAAAGAUCUGCAAUCCAUAACCAACUAUGUAAAGGUGAAAAUAUGAACGUUUGGUAGAGAUAUACCAAGUUGUCCAAGAGCCGCAGCAAAUUGCGCAUUUAAAAUCCGCUUUUUGAGGAAUCGGAAGUGGGAGUUCCUCCAAAUUCACAGCAGGAAGGAUUUUUGAACUUCCAAAAUAAGUAGAUCUUCACACCUGAUGAUAAGGCUACCGACGAUGCAUCAAUGAAGACAUUGAAGAGACUAGGGAUGAUGCUUCAAACAAGACUUGGAUCCGCCCUGUUAUGUUGCUGUAGGCAUCAUGGAAAAUGAAGCUUGUGCUGCGGAGUAAGAAAUUUGAUAUGAUUUCAGUUAACACUCAGUUGAUCAUUCUAUCCAGGUUUUCAUCAGUUCAGAUAGGAUUUGGUGAUCAUUCUACUGAGGUUUUCUUCCGUUCAAGUGCAUGUCAUAUUUGAUGCUGUUACUGGGCCUGAGACACGUGUGGGCUUGAUGAGGUUACUUCUUAGGCAUCUGAAAUUUAUUGUCCAAUGUGGCAAUGUGUUGA